AUGUGGCUUCACGUGCUGUCGGUGGACAACCUCCACGCGAUCUCCAGUUUCCUCACGGGCUUCGACGUCUUCAACCUCUCGCACACCAACUCGUGGACGCUCAGCGUCUUGUCGGAGGACUUGUACUGGCAGAAGCGCGUGUCCGGAUACCAUUCUCUGGGAAGGAAGCAGAGCUGGAAGCAACGGUAUCUACAGGAACGGUCCCUGGAGUUCGUGGACCCUCACUCGGCGGACAAGUACAUCCACGGGAUGCUGCUGGGCCGCAACCGCUCUCGAGUGGCGUUCGCGAAACUGGAGCGUCCUCCAGCUCCUGGGAGUUGGCGCGGCAGCAGAUUCGACCUUCGCCUGGAGAAGGACUCGAGCUUCAGCUUUGACGUGUGGUUCUGCCUCUUCCCUGGGAGCGCCAAGCAGCCCGCUGGCGGUGUCAUCUACGGAUUCCAGGCUGAUCCUGCUAGCUACGGUGUACCAGGAAGCAACCCGGGUAACCUUGUGAUGGUGGACAUGAAGCUGAACCUGCGCUGCUCCAUCCUGGAUGACAAGAAGGUCGUAGCUCAAGCCCUGAAGCCGAACUGCUGGUACCAUUUGGCGCUCACGUACGACGUCGCCCUUCAGCGACAGAUAGUGUACCUCGACGGGAAGGUUGUGUCGUCCGAGACCGGCACGUUGAACAGCAUGUGGCAGCGACACCCACACGAACAAAUCGGCACAGGCUUUUGCCUCAAUACCACUGGAAGUGAUCACAUGCCGCACUCGAGGAUGCGCGGCGGAUGGUACUCGUUCUACGGUCUCAUUGACGAAUUUCACGUUUGGAGUUCGGUGCUACCCGCCGACGCUGUCGCUGAACUUUCGCGCUGCGGACAACCCCGCGGCUUCUCGACCAUCGCAACGAUCAAGCGCCCUCAUGACCGGCAUGGCUCCUGGAUCAACACGCGCGCUGUUCGGUGCACGCGUCCAGCUGAAGGCAAGAGCGUGGUCAUUGACUGGCGUGGCAGCAAAACGCCGGCUUAG